AUGGCCGAAUUGUGUACGAUUGUACCAGGCACGAUAAAAGAUGAAAGCGCGCAAUUCCUUCUGCAAAAUUAUUUGCGUUUGGAGAAAAUUGGAGAAGGAUCCUAUGGCAUUGUGUACAAAGCAAUUGAUAAAAGAACUGGUAAAUUUGUCGCAAUGAAAAAAAUUGGUAUAGGAAAAUAUGAAGGAAUACCCCAAACGACACUCCGAGAGAUAACAGUACUUAAAAAUCUCAAACACCCGAACAUUGUGUCGUUAGAAAAUCUCAUAUGGGAGAAUAAUCGUAUUUAUAUGGUGUUUGAAUAUCUCCCAACAGAUUUGAAGAAAUUUUUGCGAGAAAUUGGUUCGAGUGAGCUCCUCAGCAAGAUGCAGCAGAAAUUGUUUUUGUACCAGCUUCUUCAAGGAAUACGUUUCUGCCAUGGACGAGGUAUUCUGCAUCGCGACUUGAAGCCAGAAAAUCUUCUCAUUGACGAAAAAGGUGCUCUCAAAAUUGCCGAUUUUGGUCUUGCUCGGGCAGUCGGUGAUCCAGGCAGAGUUUAUUCACAAGAAGUGCUCACACUUUGGUAUCGAUCUCCGGAAGUGUUGCUUGGCAGCAAUCGUUAUUCGAAGGCAGUGGACAUUUGGAGCGUUGGUUGCAUUUUUGCUGAAUUAGCCACCACGAAACCACUGUUCGCUGGCGAUUCGGAAAUUGACCAACUUUUCCAGAUCUUCCGAAUCUUGUCAACCCCCACGGAAGAUAUCUGGCCCGGAGUGGGCAGUUUACCUUCUUUUAAAAAUGUUUUUCCUUGUUGGACUGAGGACACCCUGGACGAUGUGCUUGAAGGCUACAUGGAUGCAAAAGGCAUUGAAAUUUUACGGCAGAUGCUUGCUUAUAAUCCAGAAGAACGAGUUAGCGCAAAAAGACUUCUCAAGGACGCCUACUUCGCGAACAUUAAUCGAAGCAAACUGCCAGGCGGGAAAUUGUGA